AUGGAGGUGCGAGAUCUGCGCAUCCAGGAAACAACGCCAGAGAGCCUUCCUUCGGUGCCCACGGCCAAUACGUUGUUCUCAAUUGCCUCACUGAUCUCGUCUUCGCACCGAAGCCCGUUUUCUUCACGGCCACCCGGACAUCACCAUCAUCAUAAUCACCACGGAAUUGAGUUUCCAUUCCCGCACAUUGAUGUACGGGCCUAUUAUGAGACUCUCCAGAGAAACGUUGCCCUUAGUGGGGGACUGAAUGUUAAUUUAAGUGUAACUGGGGCCGUUUCCGGGGUUGCUGUCGGGGGGGACCGAGUUUUGGAUCUCAGUACAUCGUCGACACACAUCCUACCAGACAUCGAUCGAUCGAGUAGAGAUGAUGACAUCAUCUCGAGAGGUGACAUUUCCGGUCUUUGUAAUAGCCCACCGUCAUCGCCAAACUCAUCGAUCGACGAUAAGCGUGUGCCAUCGCUUCAUGGUGAGGACUUCUUUGACGAAGGAGCCAAUCGUCGCCGGCGAACAGCAUUUACAUCCGAACAGCUACUUGAACUCGAGAAAGAAUUCCACUCAAAAAAAUACCUCUCCCUUAGCGAACGGUCUCAGAUCGCCCAUCAACUAAAACUUAGCGAGGUACAAGUUAAGAUUUGGUUCCAGAAUCGACGCGCUAAAUGGAAACGCGUCAAGGCAGGACUAAGUGCCGGUAGUCGUAGUGGUGGUCCCGAUGGCCACAGUCGGAUCGUUGUUCCUAUUCCUGUACACGUAAAUCGAGUCGGCAUUCGAAGUCAGCAUUCAGCCAGAGGACUUCACGAACCUGUCGGUAUACCACCUAUGAGCUCCGGUAAGGCAACGAUUUUGACCUCGGAGAGUACGGCCUUCAGACCGAUCAGCUCUAAGGAGUAACGCAAUGGAAGAUAGAAAGCAGCGUGCGCAUUUAAGUCGAUCUCGAAUAGUGGACUAAUAUAUAUUCACGCAUCGCAAAUCUUGAGCGUGUCUUUCGAGACUAGUCAUCGUCGACCAACUAGUCAGCAACAGUAUCACAAAUGGAUUGGUAUCAACACGAAGGCGAAGCUAAACGUAAACGCAAUUAAGAAGCAUUUUGCAAAUAGUAUAUACGCUUAGCGAAUCCUCCGCAUCGACUGUCCGUGUUGGCCAACCCACAAUUUUGUUCCCAAAAGCACAACCCUUUUUAACUUAUGACAUGAAUAAGGUUACAUCUCGCGACCCAUAAAUAAAACGCAUUUGAUAAUCAUAUGUUAUUACAGUUCAUAGCAAUACAGAGUGUGUUAAAACUCGAGAUCAAUCCUCGACGGGUUCAUGAAUUUUUGGUAAUAAGGCCACGAAGGACCAUGUCCAUUUAUUAAUGAAGGAUUGUUUUUAAGAGCGAAAUUUUGUCAACUCUGACAAGCAUCACUUAGUAGUAAUAAAUUUGGUUGUGUAACGGUCACUGCUGCGAUUGAACAGCAGCGGAGUCUGCGGUUGAACAACUGCACAUAUAUUGUAUGGUCAGUUAUUUCUGACAGUCUAAAGAUGGUUAAAAAAAACCUUCUCGGUCGUUGGAAACAUUUAGACUGGCAAGACACCUAUCCUACAGGUAUAUUUUUAUGUUUCUUGAGCAGGAAAACAAGUGGCGGAGAAACCUUAAGUCGUAAUUGUCAAGAUGUCACUGUUACGGAACUACCAAGCUUCAGUUACGACUAGAAUGGAUGUCGGCACUGCAUGGCUUUGCUGGAAGAAAAAGCCAUUUGUGUAGCCUUAUGACUCCUUGACAUGUUGAUCCUGCCAUUUAAAACGCUAUGUACAUGGUGGUAACAAUCAUAAUACAGCCUUUGUUUGAAUUAAGGUUCGAAAAAUGCCUUUGGCAAGACGUGAACGUCGGCCAAAACAUAUCAUUAUAGCAAGGUGGAUCAGGUCAAAUAACGAGCCAGUAUUCUAUGUCUUAAGAUGGCCAAUCCAACUGGGAAAAAUGGGCGACUGAUUUGUAAGUAGGGAAAACGGAGCAGGGCUCUCGCUAGUAAAGCACUAAACGUACAAAUUAGUGAAGUCUAAUUUAAAGAUCAUCCUAACAAAUCGACCGCUGAUUGGAGGUGAAAUAAAAUUUCAAUCUUCACCUUCAACGACCUUUCAUUGCUUUAUGGCAGAAGCAAAUGAUUGUAAACCGUAAAGUGUUAUUUAUCUCGAAGAAGAGGCAGUUACGGCGGGGUAGCACUUACGUUGAAAGGACGUAUACCAAAGUUAUGAAGAAAGCAAAAGCCACAGUUCUCUCAACAACUUCAGAUUUUCGAUUUUACGUAAUUUGAUUCAAUUAAAGCAUACAUGAGAGUUCUUCCUAUAUAUGUAACACGAAAAGAUCUGACCCGUCGACGAAUUUCCAUACACAGUUACUCAUGUACUACAUCAAUGGAGGAUGCCAAUGAUCAGACGAGUGGUGAUCGAUAACGAAACGCUCAGCUAUUGCGUAGGCUACCUCUUAACGAUCACAACGGGAGCUGCACCUAACGUAUGGUGCGCCUUCAGACACAAACUCUCUUAGAAGUAGACAUCUAUCUUCACAAAAAUAGUAGCUAUUAUUUAAUAAAUGUCAGAUUACUGUAUUAAACGAUAGAAAUAAAUAACACAUAUUCUCGCAUAAAUGUAAAAGUGACGGAGUAUAAUCGCGCGCGUAACAAAUAGAAAUGAUCGUAUAUUGAAGUCGGAUACAGGGAACAUCACGAACGGUGUAGAGCGCUUCGAAGGUGGUCGGGAUAAAUGUAUUGAUUCAGUCAAUAUGGGAAUUGUACAAAUAAAUGUAUACUGAUUAUUUCUAAAAGGAAUAUUGUGUUUAUGUAGUAUUCCAGUAGCUCUAUUUAGUAUAUUUUCGUUCUUUCUAGUAGGUACACUUGAAUAUUCGAGAAGCCAUUUACGAUUUUGUCCUUAGCCGCAGUCUGUGUGCUGAGUUUAUGCUCGCGCGACACGUCCUUAGCAGGGUCAUCCCUAGCCAAUAACUGUGCGGUAAACGCGCGGAUUUGUCGGUUAUACACAUCUUUGUAGAAGACAUCGCUUUUAUUAAUUGUUUCUAACAUACCGUGUCGUUUCAAACAUCACCUGUAGCAGACGAGUCUGCUUUUUGUUCAAGCAACAUUUGCAAUAUAACGUGUACGCAUUUAGCAAUUUUUCCAUAACGAACCACCCGUCAGGAACUCUAACCUUCAGCAUUCACUUAAGGUUAGCGUUGUGGCUCACAUCCUCGUUGCGAUUUAUCACAGAGACACUGAUGAGAAACAGCAGCAGGAUCUCAUCCAUAUGACACCUCCAUCCCAAUGCCGCACCCGCAAGCAGCUUAGUCUUACUUAACGCCAUUGAUGCCCCCCUUGUUUCUUCGCUGCGGUGGAUCAUCGUUCCGCACCUUUGGCGAAGACUUCACACCUUUCGAUCUUGCGUCGGCCUCAUGAGGGCUGCCCAACCCCUGAAAAAUGCGCGAAUCUCCGCUAUUCUUCUCAAUCGUUAUUGUAUCGCUGACCGCUGUUGGCGUGCUGAAGCUAUUUGCGCCUAUUCCUACGCACUUGCUUCUUCUUCU